AUGGCAGCUAACGGAGUUAACGGAACGAAUGGAGCCAAUGGCACCCACAGCGACAUCAAGCCAGUGGGCUCCUACCCUCCAACUGGCAUCGACGUCCUGAUUGUCGGCACUGGGCUUGCUGGGCUGACAGCUGCCAUUGAGUGCACUCGCAAAGGCCACAAUGUCCGGGUUCUGGAGCGCAACGAGGAUAUCAACACCCAAGGAGACAUGUACUUCAUGGGACUCAGUGCGACGAGAUUCUUCAAGCACUGGCCCGAGAUGAAGGCUGAAUAUGACUCGAUCGGCCUUCACAAUGCAUGGAUCGAGACCUUCAAGCACAGCGGAGAACAGAUGGUGGCGCCCCUUUCGGUCGCCGAGCGAUUGCGAGAUGCUGGGUUGGAUCCCAACACUCCUCCUGGAACCUUUCAGAUGCGCCCCUUGAUCUACAAGAUGUUCGUCAAGCAGGUGGAGAAGCUUGGUGUGAACGUCGAGUUCAACCGUCGUGUGGUUGAUUACUUUGAAGAUGAGGCUCGCGGAAAGGGCGGAUGUACCACGGACGACGGCAAGACGUACGAGGCAGAUGUGGUUAUCGCUGCUGAUGGAGUCGGCUCCAAGUCGCAAAAGCUGGUUGGCGGUCAAGUCAGGGCAAGACCCUCAGGCAGAGCCAUGUGGCGUGCUGCUUUCCCCAAGGAGGUGAGCAGUAUGGAAUAAAUAUCUCUGGUCGAUUGAAGCUGACGCUUUACAGCAUCUCGACAAGAACCCCGAGGUCAAGGAGUUUUUCAAGCUGGUUGGCCCAGACAACACCAACCCCAUUGUCCGAACCUUCCUCGGCCCAGGAACAUACGCUCUCACCCUCACUCGCCCUGAUACCAUGAUUUGGAUCAUGAACCACAACGCGACUGGCUCCUCAUCCGAGAACUGGAACAACAAGAUUGACAGCGACGAGGUUCUCUCCAAGAUGGACGACGGUGUUGGUCCUAACCCUUGGGCGCCCAUCUUCAAAGACCUCGUCAAAUGCACACCACCCAACACCAUCGUCAACUUCGAGCUCCUCUGGCGCGACCCUCAACCAUCAUGGACCUCGCCUUCCGCACGCGUAGUCCAGAUCGGCGACGCCGCCCACUCCUACCUCCCAGCCUCCUCCAACGGUGCCACACAAGCCAUCGAAGACGCCGUCUCCCUCGCCUCCUGCCUGCAACUCUGCGGCUCCGCCGAAAAAAUCCCGGAAGCCGUCCGCUCCCACAUCCGCUUCCGCUUCAUCCGCAACGCCUGCGCGCAGAAGCUGGGCUUCUCCAACGCCGAGCUCCUCCAGGAGACGGACUGGACCAAAGUCAAGCUGGACCCGCGACGCGCGCAGCCGAAGCUGCCCAAGUGGGUGUGGAGCCACGACCCGGAGAAGUACGCCUACGAAUACUACGAGCGCAAUGUGGAGAACAUGCAGAAGGGGAUCCGCUUCGACGAGAGCGACGUCCCGCCCAACUUCCCGCCAGGCUACAAGUACGAGCCCUGGACGAUCGAUUGGGUCAUGGACUGUAUGUAUCAGGGCAAGCCGGUCGACCUUGGUCCGGGUCAAUGGGAAUAG